AUGAGUUAUGCUGGUGAAAGUACCGAUUUUAUUAAUAGUAUUCUCAACCCUGGAGGGAAUCGUUCUAACCCUAGUAACCAAGAUCAGAAGAACCUUAAUGUUGUAAAUUCUGAAGGAAAUAAUCAUUCAAUUGAUGUUUUAUCAAAUGUUGUUACAUCUAGGGUUUUAAAUGAGGAUGAUAUUACUCAAAAUGAGUCUAGCCCUAGGGAGACUGUGUUUCCCUUUGAGCGUGUUGAAAUUGAAAAUGAGACGAAGAAUAAUCAUCCUGUUGAGUUUGCUGAUGUGACUAUUAAUGAGAUUGUGGAGAAAACCCCAGAUGAUUCAAAUGAAGAAAAUGAAAGUGAAGACGUGUCAGAUUUUGCUAAGGACAUAUCAGAUGACAACAUCCCAAUUAACUAUCUUCCUGAUAUUCCUCCUAAAACUCAAGAGAAGCAACUAGCUGAGCAAACCAAGAAAAAGAGAAUUUUCAUGGAAAGAGAUUUGUUUGAACAAGCUCAAGAUUUCCUUGAGAUUAUGGAUCUGUUGGUGAAGGUUGACAUGGUGAUAACUUUUCUAAAUCUGUGUGGUUACUAUCCACGCUUGAUUGAUGAAUUUUAUGUAAAUUUACCCAAUCAGUUAGGGAAAGCUAAUAGUCCAGAGUUCUGUAAAGUUCAUGUGAGAGGUCAUUACUUCAUUUUUACUGCUGCUUUGAUAAACAAGUAUCUUGAUCGUUGUGUCCCUGAGAAUGUUACUGAACUGAGACAUUCUAUGUCUGAUCUGGUGUUUGAGUUGACUGGAGGAGUGAAAAGAUCUUGGCCUUCAAAAGGUGCUAAAUUCAACUAUAGUACUUAUGUGGUUAAUCAGAUCAAGAGACAUAUUGGUUCUCAUGCCACCAAGGUCCCCUUAUGCUUUCCACGUCUUAUUUAUGGGAUUUUCUUAGCCCAAAAACAUGAUAUCUUAACUUAUUUAGAUGUUCUUUGUCCUGUGCCUUCUGCCAUAUCCUUCAGCUAUCAAUUAUAUCAAGGAAAACAUGUGCCUGACUUGAUUCACAUAGAGAUUUUUGUUGCUAAUAUUGGUCCUAUUAGGAAGUUUCUUCAAACUUCUUGUGUUGAUGAUUUGUUGAUCUUUCUUCGUGGGUCUUUUGUUGAUCCUGAUCAGGGGACUAGCUCUAGCGCACAGGAUGUUGAUGUUGCUGCUGAUGAUCAAUGA